AUGGGGGUGGCGGAGGCACAGCGGUAUGCGCAGGUGUUUGUGGGCGUGGAUGGGGACAGGGACGGCAAGAUCACCGGCAAGGAGGCGAGGAAGGUUCUCAUGGCUUCACAAGUGCCCAUCGACGUGCUGAAGCAGGUGUGGGACCUGUCAGAUGAGGACAAGGACGGCAACCUGACUCUCCGCGAGUUCUGCACCGCCUCGUACCUCAUCGAGCGCUACAAGUCGGGACGAAAGCUGCCACCCACGCUGCCACGUGGCUUCCACGUGGACGAGCCGGUGCAGGACCAGCGCACGGCCAUCGCUGCGAAACGAUUGGCCGAGGCGCAGGCGGCGCUGACUCAGCACUCGCAGGGGGUGAACGUGCCUACGUGGCAGCGCGAUCCAGGUGUCCUGGUCUCUCCAACAAAAGGCGGACCCAGAAAGGACGCCGCCAUGGAUCAGAAGAAAAAAGCUGCGUUUUUCCGCGACAAAAUGCAGGAAAUUGUCAUGUUCAAGAGUCGCUGUGACCUCCGCCUUGCUGACGUCUCUGAACAGGCUGACGUGGAGAAAAAGGAGAUGGAGGAAUUGGCCCGGAAGUAUGACGAAAAGUACAAGGCGGCUCAGCUGUCUGCUGGAAAGCUUGCAGCAGAGGAGCGAGCUCUGCAGCAGAUGCAGGAGAAGGCUCAUGUAAUCAUGAACGCAACGUCAAGGCUGGACCGAGGAGGCGACCCAAACCAGCUGCUGCAGGACAAGGCGGACCGCCUAGCUCUAGAGGUGGAGGAGAUGCGCAAGGCAGUGUUCGCCCAUGCUACUGCCAUUGGGCUGAAAGUGCGACCCCUCGUGGGAUCGGAGACUCCCUUUGGCUGGCAGGCGAAUCUUCAGGAGAAAGCAACAGACUGGGACGACGAGUGGGACGACGUGCAGUUUGAAGGGCUGGUGGUGGUGCGGGAUAUCGGAGACACCCCAUUGGCUGAAAACGAGGACCCCUUCCCCAGGCCGAAAUCCAAGGAGCAGGAGGAGAAGGAUAUGGCCGAGAGUGAUGGGGAGAGUGACAGUGGAAGAAAGGGCUACGGGUCUCGUGGGAGAGGAAGGGAAGAGGAGGAAGAAGCAGCAGAUUCGACUGACACUGCUGCUCCUGCUGCUGGUAUCCCUGCAACAGCAGCUGCAGCUGCUGCCGCUGCUGCUGCUGCUGCUGCCACUGCUGCUCCUACUACCUGCUUUGGCCCAUCUGCCAGUGCGGACAGUGACGGUGCUGCUGUAACAGAGACCAAAUCCGGGUCAUUCGCGUUUGAUUUCUCUGCAGAGCCAGAGGAGCCGUUCAGUUCAGGUGCAGCAGCAGCAGCUUCGGAAUCCGCAUCUCCCUUCCCCACCUCGUUUAGCACUGAAGGUCGACGGAGAAGUGAAAUGGACGAGGCUCACUCGCCCCUUACGCACGCCGCUGUGGGUCAGGAGGAGGAUGGUCCCUUCCACUCGCAACAGCAGCAGCAGACGGGCGCUGCAGAUACGUUUGAUUCGUCCCCAUUUCACGCCAAGCCGGUUGAUGCCACACCAUUUGACGCUUCUCACUUUGACCGUGAUUCGAGCUUCGGCCGGGACCCGAGUUUCAGCAGGGAUUCGAGUUUCAAGGGGUACGGGGGGAGCAUGUUUGAUUCGGCCACAGGUGCUGCGUGCUUCAAGGGUGGUUUUGAUGGGAGCGUGUUCGAUUCUGCCACUGGCGCUGCGAGUUUCAAGGGCGGGUUUGAUGCGAGUGCGUUCGACCAGCAUUAUGGUGGAGUGGGGGCAUUUGAUCAGCACUAUGGUACUGGCGGUGCUGCGCUUGACACCUCUUCCUCCUUCCGCUCUUCUGUGGACUCCCCGUCCGGCCCACACGCUCGGUCUGGCGAGUUUCAUCCAGGCCAGUUCCAAUCCUUUGCCAGUGGAUUUGACGAUCAUUUCGACUCCAACCCCUACGGUGCAAGUGCGGGGGCGGUGGGAGGAGGAGGUGGAGGAAGGGGAGAGGAAGAAGAGGAGGUGCAUAGCAGUGAGGAGGAGGACAGUGGAGGGGACCCGUUCGCCAGUCUCCGCAGCAGUGCGGGCGGUGCAGGUGGUAACCAGCAUGUUACAGCGUCGCAUUUCGACGCGUACAAUUAUGACAAGGCUACGGAAGAGACGGAAACGCCAGGGGCUGCGAGGCAGGGAGGGGUGCAGCUGGGUAGUGCGAGCGCAUUUGACUCGUACGGGUGGAACGCGUUUGAGUGA